AUGCCUCCUAUUGAUAACGACCUUUGGACCGUGGACAAUGCUCCCGGUGUAGCCCAGCUCCUCCAUGCCCAGCCAUUCACGCUCCACAUCACGGUUCAGGUAGUGUUGGAGAUUCAAUGGUCCCCUUCUAGUAUAGCUCGGGAUCUGUGUUUUACGGUGUGCGACUGCCUUCUUCACUACCUUAAGCCCUUCCUGCUGCUUAACCUGCGUCAGCUCUCACUUGUACAUGUCACUAUCUGGCCACCUAGCCCAGAUUAUUUCAGAGCUGGCCUGCAGAGAGGGGAGUUUGGCCAGGAUGACUUCCUCGACAAAGGAAAAGUGGAUCCAAGAAGCGAUGACCUUGACAUGGACUGCAUGCCUUGGUCAUUGUUUUGCUUUCUACAGCGGCUCUGUCGCCAUGAACCCGACCGGUCCGUCAUAUCUUAG